AUGAUUCGGAGGGGGAGGGCUGAAGGCUGGCUCAGGCAGCCAAUCGAUGCUUUGCCUGCUUGGGCGGAAUUUCACGGUGUUACUUUCAAUGGCACUACGAUUGGACAAAUGUCUGGCUUCGAGCAGCGAGGGUCGACCGUGAUUGCGACUCGUGAUCUUCGGGGCGGUAAAGAGGAUCCUUUGAUCAUGGUGCCUAAGGAUCUUAUCCUGUCUCGUCAGACUGUCGACAUAUUCGCGAAAUCUGAUCGGCAUCUCAAAGAAGUUCUCGAUGCCGUGGGAGAUUUUGGAUAUAAAGCCCGAGGCGCUAUUUUGAUAUUCCUGCUCAUGCAAGCAACCAUCUCCUGUCCUGAUAUAAAGGACAUUGGUGUCCUAAAUCCCUUCAAUGAGUAUAUCAAAUUCCUCCCAGACGAACUACUCCCCACCUUCUGGACCGAAGAGGAACAAGAGCUUCUCGUUGGGACAACGCUUAGAGCGGCAGUUCGUGCCAAACUGAAUAGCCUACUUCGAGAAUUUGACGCAGUCCGGACAGCUACCGAGAGUAUUGAUUGGUGCGCAAAGAAUUGGUGGGAUGAAGAAGAGGGACAACUAACUUUUGAAGACUGGAUGCGGCUUGACGCUAUGUACCGGUCCCGCGCUUUGGAGUUUCCCGGCGUUGGAGACUGUAUGGUGCCUUGCGUUGAUAUGGCUAACCAUGCCUCUGGAGACGCUACAGCUGCACUCUACGAGACUGACGAUAGUGGCAGUGGCUUACUCCUCCUUCAGGAAGGGAAAGAAAUCCAGAAAGACGGCGAGGUCACAAUAACAUACGGCGAUGACAAGGGUGCUUGCGAGAACAUCUUCUCGUACGGUUUCCUUGAAGAAACAAUGAUGUCAGCCAAAGUUAUGUUUUUGGACCUCGAUAUCCCUGCUGGUGAUCCCCUAAGGCCAGCCAAGAUCGCCGUUGCGAACGUUGCCCCAGGAGUUAGAAUUUUUGAAAAGGAUGGCCACACGGCUUGGGAGAGCGACUUUAUAUGGUUGGUCGCUGUUAACGAAGAGGAUGGACUGGGCUUUAAGCUUAGACAAACCAUUGAUGGACAGAAAGACAUCCAAGCGUUUUGGAAAGAUCACGAACUGACCGAUACUUCUAAGCUUCGAGAGCUCUUGCAAGCGGAUCCGCUGUGGGAUGUCUAUCAACUCCGCGCUAUUAUUCUUCUGCAGAACCGAGUGAGGAGUCAGCUUCAGCUACUACGAGAAACAGGCAAUCCUGAACGGGAUGUGUCUAUAAGGGAAGGCCCUUGGCAACUCGCAGGCCGACUCCGCAGUCUCGAAUCUGAAAUGCUAGAGAUGGCCAGGGACGACUUCGAAGAUCAGAAAGGGACACUCCUUCAAUCAGAGGUCGUGAAACAUUAUCUCGGCCUUUCUGAGGAGAGAGCCGAAGAGGGCGAAGAAGAGGUGGACUUCAGCUAAGGGAAUUGAUGACCUCCACAUUGGUGUCAUUAUUCACAGGCGACCCAAUUUUGAGGGCAUGGAGAGAGAUGGACCAAACUCAUAUCUGCCGGUAGCACCUAUUAAUCUACCAUCGCUCCCAACCACUUUAAGAGAUCGACUGUUUAGGAAACUGCCAGGGACAUCUGACAAGCAUAUCGACGCCUGCGUAAGCGUCGGCUCUCCGCCAUUCAUACCUCUUCGUCUUCCCAGACAGCCUUCAAAUUCUUGUAACGAUUGGCGCUGCUGCCGGCAAACGCCACUUAGGCAUCAUUCUGAUGCAGAAAUGGCACAGAUUGAGAGUGCCAUUUCGAAAAUUUUGAUGAUGCUGAAGGAGCAUAGGAUUUCCUAUAUGUGCGCGGGUGCCAUAGAAGUCAG